UUCAUCAACGGAGUCACACGGGGGAGAAACCAUUUAAAUGCAUGGAGUGUGAAAUGAGCUUCAGUCGGAGUGGACAGCUUAGAAUUCAUCAACGGAGUCACACAGGGGAGAAACCCUUUAAAUGCAUGGAGUGUGGAAAGAGCUUCGCUGACAGUGGAGUCCUUAGAAAACAUCAACGGAGUCACACUGAGGAGAAACCAUUUCAAUGCAUGGAAUGUGGAAAGUGUUUCUGUAGGAGUGGGCAACUGAAUUCACAUCAUCGAACACACACAGUAGAGAAACCAUUUAAAUGCAUGGAGUGUGGAAAGAGCUACAGUCAGAGUGGAAACCUUAGAAUUCAUCAACUGAGUCACACGGGAGAGAAACCGUUUAAAUGCAUGGAGUGUGGAAAGAGCUUCAGUCAGAGUGGAACUCUUAGAAUUCAUCAACGAACUCACACGGGGGAGAAACCAUUUAAAUGCAUGGAGUGUGGAAUGAGCUUCAGUCAGAGUGGAGUUCUUACAGAACAUCAACAAACUCAUACAGGGGAAAAACCAUAUACAGUAAGUCCUAGGGAAGUGGACAGAAGUUCUGUUGAAGUGGAAGUCUUACAAACAAUCAAAAGACCCUGAGGGGUAAGAGCUGUAAGAGUGGAAACUACAAGCCAUCAAUUAACUCUAAGAAGAGAAAUGCUUUAAAUAGGAGGAGUGUGGAUUCUGCUUUGGUUAUUAUGGAACGCUUUUUAGAGUGUAGAACCUGUUUUUCCCCGAGUUGACAAUUUCUCUCACAUCAAUAGCAGAAAAUCUUUUUUUUAGUAAACAUUUUAUUAGAUUCUCCAAUUUCAAUAUCUAAUCCAUUUCCAAAUUCUACAAGUUAUACAAAUAUCAAUUAAGCAAUUGAUCCAAAUCUUUUGCCAAAUUAUACAAAUUUAACAUUGACUUCCCAUGCUUCAGACUCAGAAAGUCUCCUUUUCUUAUUGUCUCUGCUUUCUUAUUCAACAAAAUCCAGAUCUUAUCCGAUAGUCCAUUAAAAUCCUUCUUUCUUCUUUCAAGCCUCUGAGGUUUUUCAAGCAAGCAAGUUUAACCCAGGAAAUCAAUCUUAAAUGCAUGCAGCGUAUGUGAGCUUCUGUUGUUUGUAUGUAACAUUGUCUAGACAUGUAUUUAAAGUAAUGAAGGUAACAUUUCACAAUAGUAAGCAUAAUAUAAUAUUUAAUGUAUUGUUAGAUAGGGAGUGAUAGUGUGUGAGUCUGGAGUGUUGCUUCUGAAUGAGGAUGGACUGAGAGUGAGCUGGUUCUGGUGUUUGGUGGAGGGAGUUGGAAAUAAAAAAAUUCCUGUGACUGGAGUUGGAAAUGUUUGUAUCUGGGAAUGGAGAGUUCCACAAAGUGGAGCUGAGAUUUGGAAGCAGAGUUAGAUUAAAAUUAUAGGAACAGCAGCAUAACUCCCACUGUUAUAAUUGUAAUAAUGGAACCAUGAAGACACAGAAAGACUGAAAGUACCUACUUAUAGGCCGAAGGAGAUCUUGAAAACCUCAUCUAUUCUUUUGAUUUAUAGAUAUAUUGUUUGGUGGCAGGAGAAAUAAAAGGGGUGUUUAGUGGCAUAAUGAGGAAAGGCUCUGUUCCCAGCUGCACGUCUUUCAUGAGGAGGGAAGGGGGCACAGGGAAGAAGGGGCUGUACCAGAGCAUCUCAAAGCAAUGUGCCGGGGGGGGCACAGUUACACAAUAAUAAUAAUAAUAAUAAUAAUAAUAAUAAUAAUAAUAAUAAUAAUUUAUACCCCGCCCAUCUGGCUGGGUCUCCCUCGAAGGAGGUUCAGGCACUCCCAAACCGAGAGUGCUAAGGGUCAACUUCCUCCAAAUUCACCAGCUGCCCCAAGGCAGGAGCCACCUCUGGCCCAGAGGGUGGAAAGCCUCCCUCCACCUUUGAAACUGGACAUGCUCCUAGGAAGACCUCUAGCCUAGUUCUUUAUUUCAAUUUUCUGUCUUAAUAACUGAACUAGCUGGCCCUGCAUGCGUUGCUGUACGUUAGUCUGUGAGAUAGAGGGUAAUAGCCCCUCUUCAGAUCCCCC